UCAGACAGGGACACACUGUGCGGUGGGCGAGGAUGUUGUGCAGGUUGCUGUGUGGGGGUCUGCGGGGGGGUCUGCGGGCGGUGGCAGGCAGGAGAACACCUGUACCUGCUGCAGCUCUGCAGGCCCGUCACAUGUCCUUUGGAAUUCCUACCUCAGGCUCAAACCUGGCCAUCAUGGUACUGGGAGGAGGCUCUCUGACUGCUGCUCUCUUCUAUGCGUAUAAGACUGUGCACUCCGACAGUGUGAGGUACAGCAACCGCAUCACAGACAUCGAGACCAAACUCACAACUCCAGCAGAUGAGCCAGCUUCCAUUGCUGAGGUGAUGACAGUAAACGCAGUGUCUGAGGCUGUGGAAAGCGUGGAAUCUGCAACUGAAGCAGCGUCAGAGGCUUCCGACCCGGGGCCUAACCUCCCAGCGGAUGUUUCCGCAACAGAAGAGCCAGCUGCUCAGACAGUGGUUGCAAUAGCAACAGAACCGCCCCCUGAAGUCAAAGAGGCUGCUGAAGAUCUGGUUAGCGUGGCCAUGGAAGCAGCCGAGGCAACGGUGGCUCCGGUGUUGGAGGUUCUGGACGCUGUGAAGGUUCUUAGCAGUUCUGUGGCAGAGAUGGCUGCUGCUUCAGUGGGGGACGAGAGCAGCUCAGCAGCACUAGCGCCCCCCAUUGGGCGAGCAGAGGAGCGGAGGGUGGUUUUGGCCGAGGAAGUCAAGCUGGAGCAAGUUUACGAAGAUUUUGCGACCUCCAACAAGGAGAUACCGCACUGCUAUCAGUGUUCUGACUCACACUCUGAACAUGCUGAACUUGAAGCCUCUACAAUGCCCCCUGCUGGUCUGGAGGACACUUCACAUGUUGGACAUGUGGAAAACGAAUACUCUCCCAUUGGUUUAGAGGGUGCUGAGGGUCCUGAAACCUCCCCAUUCCAUAAUGCUGGUCUGGAGGACACCUUAUAUGGGGGAAACGUGGAACCUGAACAGUCCAUAAUGUACCCUGCUGGUCGGGAGGAGAACACAGCGCAGGAUGAUUGCCUGGAGGAUUACACAGCAGCCUUGGAGUCUGUGGAGGAGACUGGAGCUGAAGAUGCAGAUGAAAAGGACACAAGGGCGAUGUGAAGAAAACUGACUUCUGGAACCUGGAGUCAAACAGUCAAGCUUGAUACUAUGUUACUUUGUUACUAUGAUACCCUGUUUCCAUAUUAGUAUGUUACACUAUAUUAGUAUAUAGUUACUUUAUUACCCACCCGGUUACCUUGUAACACUGUUAGCCUAAAACUGUUACCCUUAAACCUUGUAACUAUGCUACCUUUUUUACAUUGUUUCCAUAUUAGUAUGCUAUUCCAUUACCCUGUUACCUUGUUACCCUGUUGAUUCCCUGUUACCAUAAUUGAAUGCUACUCUAUAUUUUUAUGUUACUCUAUUACCUAUUCUGUUACAUGGCCCGGCUCACUGAUACCCUGAUACCUUGUAACUAUGUUACCUUGUUUCAUUGUUAGCAGGUUGCCCUAUUAACAUAUUAGUAUGCUACUCCAUUACUCUGUUACCUUGUUACGUUGCUAUCUUAUCAUAUUGUUACCCAGUUACUCUUCUGUUUUGUUGUUAUGCUCUUACCUUGUUACCCUGAUUCUUUGUGAUUAUGUUACCUUGUUGCAUAGUUUUCAUAUUAUCCCUGUUACCUUGUUAGAUUGUUACCCUGUUGUUUCCCUGUUACUAUAAUUGUAUGGUACUCUAUUACCUAUUCUGUUACCUUGUUACAUGAUCCUACUACAUUUUCACCUUGUUAUCUUGAACUAUGUUACCUUGUUUCAUUGUUAUCACGUUGCUCCAUUAUCAUAUUAGUAUGUUACUUCAUUAUCCUGUUACAUUGUUAUAUUGUUACCUAGUUACUUGACCCUGCUUUGAUUGUUAUUUUCUUUCCAUGUUACCCUGCUAUCUUGUAACUGUUACCAUGUUACAUCUUACCUUGUUACAUUGUCAGUCUUACUUAAAUAAAUCAGUAUAUGAAAAAAAUACUGUUAUACUGUUACCAUGUUACUUUGUUACCA